AUGCUCUCCUUCACAACCAAACCCAGCGAGUGGCGCCAUCUCCUCAACAUCCUCAUCUUCGCCUGUCCCGGCCUCCGCAGCUGCGAGCUGGUCAUCGAUGCCUCAAUAUGGGCCAGCGCGCCCUGGGAUCUCGGGGCCCAGGAAGUGUUCCUGCACCCUAACAGCUAUGAACCGCGAGAUGGCGGAAAGAGCCACAGAAGCUUUCUGCAGCACGUUGCGAGACUAUGUGGUAGCAGUAUGCGGUUCUCGCUGAGGAUACUGGAGGCGAAUACGGAAGAGAGAAGGAGGCGGCAGGGGAUGCUGGAGCAUUAUGUCAGGGGUGUGAUGAUGGAGAGGGAGCUCGAGGCGCGGAAGAGGGAGUGUUUAUGCGGGAAGGUCAAGUUGAAGAGGGCGUGCAUGAGGGACUGGGGCGCUUGA